CUAUAAAACAACUCUCUUCCAUGCAGAAACACAUUCAAUCACUUCUUCCUCAUCUUCUUCAAACAUUACCCACUUUCUCCAUUUUUUUCUUCCACUAAUAAUUUGGAGAAAAGCCUUAGUAGCCGGUUAAAAUAUCCGGUGAAAACAAUGGCGACUCCGGCGUGUAGUCAUGCCAGGGGUCAAUGGGUAGUAGCCAUUUUGGCGUUACUUGUUGGCUCGGCAAUCGCUACUGAACCUUACAUUUAUAGCUCUCCUCCACCACCGUAUGUGUAUAAAUCUCCACCGCCUCCGGUUGCAUCUCCUCCACCUCCUUAUGAAUACAAAUCUCCUCCCCCUCCGGUUAAGUCCCCUCCACCACCGUAUGAGUAUAAAUCUCCUCCUCCUCCUGUUAAGUCUCCUCCACCACCUUAUUACUACCACUCUCCACCACCACCUGUGAAGUCUCCUCCCCCUCCUUAUGUAUACCACUCUCCUCCUCCUCCGGUUAAGUCUCCUCCACCACCGUAUUACUACCACUCUCCACCACCACCCGUGAAGUCUCCCCCCCCUCCAUAUGUGUACCACUCUCCUCCUCCUCCGGUUAAGUCUCCUCCACCACCGUAUUACUACCACUCUCCACCACCACCCGUGAAGUCUCCUCCCCCUCCUUAUGUCUACCACUCUCCUCCUCCUCCGGUUAAGUCUCCUCCACCACCGUAUUACUACCACUCUCCACCUCCCCCGGUGAAAUCUCCACCACCACCGUAUUAUUACCACUCUCCUCCGCCUCCGGUGAAAUCUCCUCCUCCUCCUUAUUACUAUCAUUCUCCACCUCCCGUGAAAUCUCCUCCACCACCAUACUACUAUCACUCACCACCUCCUCCAGUGAAAUCUCCACCACCACCAUACUACUACCAUUCUCCACCUCCUCCGGUGAAGUCUCCUCCACCACCAUACUACUAUCACUCACCACCUCCUCCAGUGAAAUCUCCACCACCACCAUACUACUACCAUUCUCCACCUCCUCCAGUGAAGUCUCCUCCACCACCGUACUACUAUCACUCUCCACCCCCUCCGGUGAAGUCUCCUCCACCACCGUACUAUUAUCACUCUCCUCCUCCUCCGGUUAAGUCUCCACCUCCACCUUACUACUACCACUCUCCUCCUCCUCCGGUCAAGUCUCCACCUCCACCUUACUACUACCACUCUCCACCACCACCAGUCAAAUCUCCACCACCACCGUACUACUACCACUCUCCUCCUCCCCCAGUUAAAUUUCCACCGCCGCCAUACUAUUAUCACUCUCCACCACCACCAGUCAAAUCUCCUCCACCUCCAUACUACUACCAUUCACCGCCUCCUCCGGUGAAAUCACCACCUCCACCUUACUAUUACUCAUCUCCACCACCACCAAAAUCUUACCCUCCACCAUAUUACUACUCAUCUCCACCACCACCACCAAAGUCGUACUCUCCACCAUACUACUAUUCAUCACCACCACCUCCGGUGUCAUACCCUCAUCCUCACCCACACACACAUCCACUUGUCUUCAAAGUUGUUGGUAAGGUGUACUGUUACAGAUGUUAUGACUGGACAUACCCUAAAAAGUCCCACGAUAAGAAGCAUCUCAAAGGUGCUGUUGUGGAAGUGACUUGCAAGGCCGGUGACAAGACAGUGAAGGCAUACGGAAAGACCAAAAUCAACGGUAAAUACGCAAUCACCGUUAAAGGAUACAACUACCGUAAAUAUGGUGGCGACGUCUGCACGGCCAAGCUUCACGCUCCUCCUAAGGGAUCACCAUGUAACAUUCCUACAAGUUACCAUAUGGGUAACAAAGGUGCAAAACUCCAUGUGAAAUCAAAGACAAAGUACGAGGUUGUGCUUUAUGCUAAGUCCUUUGCUUAUGCACCUAAGAAACCUUACGGUGAGUGCCACAAACCGGCUCCUUACCAUCCUCCAUACUACUACAAAUCUCCACCACCACCGUCUCCGGUUUACUACUACAAGUCACCACCUCCACCAGCUCCUACUUACGUCUACAAGUCUCCACCACCACCAACUCCGACUUAUGUCUACAAAUCACCACCUCCACCAACCCCAACAUAUGUCUACAAAUCACCACCACCACCAACUCCGACUUACGUCUACAAGUCACCACCGCCGCCAACCCCGACCUAUGUUUACAAAUCACCACCGCCACCAACCCCGACUUAUGUCUAUAAAUCUCCACCACCACCAACCCCUACUUAUGUUUACAAGUCACCACCUCCACCAACUCCGACUUAUGUAUACAAGUCACCACCACCUCCAACCCCAACAUAUGUUUACAAAUCUCCACCACCACCGACUCCAACCUAUGUUUACAAAUCACCACCUCCUCCUACUCCGACCUAUGUCUACAAGUCACCGCCUCCUCCCACUCCAACGUAUGUUUACAAAUCACCACCCCCUCCAACGCACACUCCUACACCAUACUACUACCACUCUCCACCACCACCAGUAAAAUCUCCUCCACCUCCAUAUUAUUAUCACUCACCACCACCACCCAUCAAAUCCCCACCACCUCCAUACUACUACCAUUCUCCACCACCUCCGGUCAAGUCUCCUCCACCACCAUACUACUAUCAUUCACCACCUCCACCGGUGAAAUCUCCACCACCACCAUACUACUACCACUCACCACCUCCACCGGUGAAAUCUCCACCACCACCAUACUACUACCACUCACCACCUCCUCCGGUGAAAUCUCCACCACCGCCAUACUACUACCACUCACCACCUCCUCCGGUGAAAUCUCCACCACCGCCAUACUACUACCACUCCCCACCUCCUCCGGUGAAGUCUCCUCCUCCACCUUACUACUACCACUCCCCACCUCCUCCGGUGAAGUCUCCUCCUCCACCUUACUACUACCACUCCCCACCUCCUCCGGUGAAAUCUCCUCCUCCACCUUACUACUACCACUCCCCACCUCCUCCGGUGAAAUCUCCACCACCGCCAUACUACUACCACUCACCACCUCCUCCGGUGAAAUCUCCACCACCGCCAUACUACUACCACUCCCCCCCUCCUCCGGUGAAAUCUCCACCACCGCCAUACUACUACCACUCCCCACCUCCUCCGGUGAAAUCUCCUCCUCCACCAUACUACUACCACUCACCACCUCCUCCGGUGAAAUCUCCACCACCACCAUACUACUACCACUCACCACCUCCUCCGGUGAAAUCUCCACCACCACCAUACUACUACCACUCACCACCUCCUCCGGUGAAAUCUCCACCACCACCAUACUACUACCACUCACCACCUCCUCCCGUCAAGUCUCCUCCUCCACCAUACUAUUACCACUCACCACCUCCACCCGUGAAAUCUCCUCCUCCACCAUACUACUACCACUCACCACCUCCACCCGUGAAAUCUCCUCCUCCACCAUACUACUACCACUCACCUCCCCCACCAGUGAAAUCACCUCCACCACCUUACUACUAUCACUCACCACCCCCACCUGUGAAGUCUCCUCCUCCACCAUACUAUUAUCACUCACCACCCCCUCCAGUCAAAUCUCCACCACCACCAUACUAUUAUCACUCACCACCCCCUCCAGUCAAAUCUCCACCACCACCAUACUACUACCAUUCACCACCUCCUCCGGUGAAAUCCCCACCACCACCGUACCAUUACAACUCUCCACCACCACCAGUAAAAUCUCCCCCACCUCCAGUCUACAUCUACGCUUCUCCCCCACCUCCUACCCAUUACUAGGCUCGUCAAACUCAGCAACAUUUCCACAUUAUU